CCGACCAACGGAGCGCUAUUGUCCUAUGCUCUUCUUGUGCUAGCUGCUGUGCGCUUUUUGGGUGCCAGAAUUUUCCAUACCUUACUCCGUCAGUUGAGUGAGUUAGCACAGUAUUUUGAGAGGAGAGCAAAAACAACUCUUUCUACCCAAAUAUUUUGGUAUAUUUUUCAAACGCUACUUAUUGAGAUAUUUUAGGAACACCUCGUGGAAAUAUAACGGGGGAAUCUGUGGGAGAUAUUCACGGCAAAACCAGCGAACGUGCUUUUCCGAAAUCAACGCAAACGCGGUAAUCAGUCACUCGUCCCGAGGAGAAAAUUCGUCAGCGACCCACAGGAUAUUGCAGUGGGCAUAUUUCAGCGGUAAGCAAGCAGAAUAUAUCCAUGCCUCCAGAGGUUACCCACGGUUUCACGACAGCAACAGGCAGAGCACAACCCGUACAAGAUGGCCCCUCAGCAGCAGCUCGAUUAGACCCUGCCGUCAGGCAGGACUCUAAAGCCACUAUGGCCCACGCCAUGUUCACCCUAGGCCUACCGCCAUCAUGCAGGGGAAAAUCAAGCAAGAACGGCUGCCCAAUCAAGAGGCAGGUUAACAAUAUCAUUUCUAAGGAGAGUCCCAGCGUCGAGUCGGUGACACCGGGAGAGCUUUUCAAGCGGUUGGACUGUGAAUACCCCGCCGUUGUUCUCGUCGAUUGCCGGUCCUUCUUGGCCUACAACAAGCGCCACAUCGACGGGGCAGUGAACGUGAACUGCACCAAUUGCUUCACCAAGCGGCGCCUGCAGCAGGGCAAACUCUCAAUCGACGACCUUGCCACCUCUGACGAAGGCAGGGAGGCCCUGUGUUCCCGAUCGGACAAGGACGUGGUGGUUUACGACGAGGACACUCAAGUAAUUGAUGACCUGCCGUCUAACCAUCCGACCCUCCUGGUCCUGAACUCGCUUCGGAAAGAAGGGACAAGGGCAUGUUUUCUGAAAGGAGGACUGAACGAAUUCCAAAACCACUUCGCGCGCAUGUGUAUCAGCUCCGCCGAGAUGGUGAACUCGGCGCCCGAUGCGUCGAUCUGCCGGUCGGCAGCCGGCGUCAUCUCCGACACGGACUACACGACGAUUAAGCAGAAAGAGAUCGACAUCCCGGCCACCCAGCUCCUGACUUUCCUCUACGUGGGCAACGAGAAGGAUGCGGCCGAUCUGGAGUUCCUUCAGCAGGAGAGGAUCGGCAACGUCCUGAACGUGACCCAGUCCGUGCCUUGCUUUCACCAGGAGACCUCCAACAUCAACUACAAGCGGAUAAGUGUCCGAGACAACUGCCUGGCCAACCUCAAGAGGCACUUCGAAGAGGCUUUCGUCUUCAUCGAGGCCGCUCGCAGACGCCACGAGAAGGUCCUGAUCCACUGCAGUGGCGGCAUCUCAAGGUCCUCCACCGUAGCCAUCGCUUACAUCAUGAGGUACCGUGGCAUGGCCAUGUCCAAGGCCUACAAUCUGGUCAAGUCCCGGCGGACCAUCAUCAACCCCAACCUCAACUUCGUGGGUCAGCUGGCCGCCUACGAGAAGACGAUUUCAUCGGCCAUUUCCUCGCAAUGCUCCCGCCAGAUCAAGAGGCGCACUGCCUCCCCUCAUCCGGUUCCGCCAACACUGGAAACAGCUCUGUAAUUUUGCAGCUAUUUUUUCAGCACUUAAAGUGAUGAAAAACUCGCCACCUUGCCAAAAGACUCCAACUUAUUCGACUUCAUUAUUGACAGUGGCAGUGCCUUCAACAGCAAUAAGCAAACAUUCAAGAAACGGGGUCUCGGCACCUGUUGUCCGGCGGUACCUGAUGCAAAUGUAAACUUGGCAUUGAACUUUCUCAGAUAGUGCCUCAGCUGCUCACGUACAGACACUGAGCGGGAAACCAUUAAUUAUACAAUGAACAAAAUGAGCACGAGAAUGGCGACACGGUAUAUAUAAAGAGGAACUGAAUUAUUCGUGACACAGUCUCUUCAUUCGCCACAGGUGGUUUUGCACCUGUACCCAGGCUGCGCACCUAGUGAUUCAGAAUCACGCGUGCGCCCACAAACUUUUUACCACACAGCUCAGAAGACUCAGUUUUAUACUAAAAAUGAAUUUGACAACGCGUGACUUUUUUGGGGACGUUGUUCGUGCAGGAGGAAGUGCAAUAACCUUUUCGCCAUUCCGCUGAACUUUACAAUUGCUAAGUUUCUGUUUCUUUCUGCCGGCGAUUUGCAACGCUUCGUCGGGAAGAAAGCGAUUUUUAACAUAAACAAAAUGUUCAGUCAGAAGGAGUUGGAACUUUUUGAAAUGCCUCGGCAGCUUUUUAUUUCAUUAGGCGAGAAACGUCAUGUCAGUAAUCAUCGUGAAUUUGACUUUCGAUUUGAAUUUCGUCCAUCCUGAUUAUCAUUCGAUACAUUGGAUAUUCACAUUUUCACAAAACCAUUUCAAGUUCACAAAAUAUCGCGACUCAUUGGGGAAAGAAGUUGUGAUGUUUACUUAAACUGAAAACAAUAUUUGCCCAGAAAUUGUCUUCCAUUUUCAUUAUUAUUAAUAGCUAAUUUAAUAUUCAGAUUUUGACAUUUUAUUUUCACCUAGUAUCCGGUGUUUAUUUGGCAUACAUGCUGAUAGAGAAUGCACGCGCGAUCGUCCGGAAAUUAAUAAUAAAAGAUGAUUUUGACAUAAUAACAAGGAAGAUAUAACACACAGAACCCUAUUAAUACUGAAUUGUUAAAAAGAUUCAACAAUGACAUUUUUGUAAACACGACGACAGAACAGCUUUUAUUUUCAAGAGUGAAUUAUAAGCAUGGCUGUUCUUUCAAGUGACCUUUUCACGAUGAAAUCACAAAAUAAUGCGAUCUUGCUUAACAGAUAUCAGACACAAUAUGAUUGCAAAUUAUAGUACAUUACCUUUGGUAAAACUGGUAUGUACAUGUCAUGUACAUGUAUAAUGUAUCGGUACACCAGUGUCAUCGCUGAUGACACAACGGAUGUUUUGUGACUGGUAACGGAUGCAGGCAGGAAACCAGUGGCACCGCUUCAUACCAGUUGGCCAUGUUGUUUUUCUCUAUUGUGCAGCAAGUGGCUGUACCUUGAAACAAAACCCACAAAAACAACUCGUCAAAAAAUCCACCCAAGCAUCGUCAUAAGAAUAACUUGUUCGUUAGUGAUUCUAUUUUUUAAAUUCAAAAACGUGAACACUGGUAAAAUUGAUAUUCCACACAUUAUUCACCUAGUAUACAUGUAUGUUGGAUUCUUAAAAUUGUUUUGUAUAUAAUGGCUUUUGCAAGAUAAAAAAGAAGAAAAAAAAUCAAAAUAUUACUUGAA